UUGCAACUAUAUAUCUUAUCUUUUAGGUGACCCCCGCCUUGAUAACUCCAAUUUAUUCAAAAGCAUCUAUGGGUCAAAGAGUGGCCCGGACGUUAACGUUCAUGUAAGUUUGCCUGUUAUUGCAAAUCCCUUAACAUCUUCAUCAGGGUUCACAUGGUCAGGACCUACACGGCAGUCUAUAUCAACUGAUAUCUCACAAAGAGAUAACGUUAUCUACAAAAAAUGGAUCAACAGCACCAUUCCUAUUCCUAAUCAGAGUUCCUUCGGAAAUUACUCACUGAAAUACAAAGGAAAUGUCUUCGCUGAUAUAACAAUUAACGCUGAAGAUAAACCCCAACCACCAUUGAACUUUACUGGAUAUUCCUACGCUAGUGGAUAUAUCAACCUUACCUGGAUAUCAAACUUUAAUGGAGGACCAGAACAAUUCUUUAUCUUGUCAAUGAAAGAGGGGCCCAACUGGAGAGUUGUUAAAAAUCUGACAGACCCUGGUAAAGAUAACAUUGGAUAUUAUGACCUAGGAUCUUUGUCCCCAGGAAACGAAUACUUGUAUAGACUGGAGAGCUGUAACAGAAUCAAUUGUUCUUUCAGCCCUAGGGAAGUUAAAGUCAAAGUGAAAGCUCUGCCUGCCUCAUCCUCUCUGUUUGGUGAUACUACAAUGCUGAUUGUGAUUGGAGCUUCUGUGGCUGUUUUUGUCCUAGUUGUGAUUCUAACAGUGGCGAUAACGAUGUAUUGUAAAAGAAAAAAAUCAGCCCUGAAGAAAAGUAACAGUGAUGAACGACUAAGUGGAUCCACAGAACAAGAUAAUACACAGCCGGAUGUUGUUGUUUACGCUGCUGUUGACAAAAGUGUCCUACUUAAGAACAGACAACAAGAUGACGUAGCGGAGAGUGACGUCAUCAAGGAUAAAAAUGAUGACAACGAAACCAUGUAUUCAGAAGUGAUAAAAAAGCCUAAUAUACAUAAGCAAACAGAUUCAACGAAAGAAAAAAAGAAAAAUGGAGAAAAGGAGUUGCGGGGAAAGAAAGAAGAAGCAAAAGCAUCUAACAGGAAUGACGAUUCACGUACAGAGAAUCAAGAUGGUUUAGUUUACAUCGAUGUUGAAUUUGCAAAAAAUCCCCAAAGUUCAGACUCAAAAGGCAAACCGAUCAUACACGGAGAAGAAGAGCGAACAGAGUACACGUUCGUGGAUUUCUCUAUAAAGGCGCCACCAAAACAGGAACAGCCAGAUAAUACCACGUGAUCACCUUUAUCAGCGAGAUGUUCAAACAUAUACCCUUAUAAACUCGGUUUACAUCUGGAAAUUGAAGAACAUUUCUUUUAAUGA